AGCCGAGAGAUCAAGAUAUGUUUGACCAACUUUCUUCUUAUCAUCAUGUGACGCAAUUCGAUUUCGAGACAAAACAUCCAUGACGAACCAGUUGACCGUGAAUCUGCAAGAAAAACGCAACUAAAUUCUUACCACGCGUGUCCGACUUCCAUUUUCAAGAAUGAAGUUGUUCUUGCUGGUGAUUGGGUUGCUGUUUGGCGCAAGUCAGAGCAAGGUUGUCAUGCAGGGCUUCUGGUGGGAUUUUUGGAACGACAAUUACCCGAAUGCAUGGGCCGAUUACCUGGCAGAGCUAUCGCCCAGGCUUGCUGAAAUGGGCAUCGAUUCCGUCUGGGUACCACCGACCAUCAAGAAUCCCGGCUACUGGGUCGGAUACGCACCGUUUGAUCACUACGAUCUCGGAGACAAGUACCAAAAAGGCUUUACUGGGACGCGCAUUGGAACGAAAGACGAACUUCUCCGUAUGGUGGCCGUCAUGCACGCCAACGGCAUUGACGUCAUUCAAGACGGCGUACUCAACCACGUGACUGGAGCGGGAGCUGCAGACGGUUCUGGCGGAUCAGAUCCUGCCGGAUGGAACGACAAAUACACCAAUUUCCGUUACGUCAGUUUUGGCACUCCGGCCACGACGGACACGUCCAGCGAUUACCUUUCGCGAGCUGGAAGAUUCCCAAAGAAUUGGCAAAAUUUUCACAACAAUCCCGGACAUGACUGCAGGGAUGGAGACAUCUGCGCUGGAUAUUGGGGCCCUGACGUUUGCUAUUAUCCGGGCGCUUACGGACAAAGUUCCAACGCCGCCUACAAUCCCCCGCAGUCAUCCGACUACAUGCGCAAUGAAAUGCGACGAUGGCUCAUCUGGUACAAGAAGCAAAUGGGGAUCGACGGAUGGAGAUUCGACGCUGUCAAGCAUUUUUUGCCAUCCGCCAUGGAGGAUUUCCUUUACAAUCUGCAGUUCAGCGCCGGAUGGGCUAGCGGUGGAGACGAAAUGUUUGCCGUAGGCGAGUACGUCGGCGGAGGCGCCGAGUUGGACAAUUGGUGCAACAGCGUCCAAAAUCGAGCCGGAACUUUUGAUUUCGGUCUGCGAGGAUCGAUUUACGGCAUGGUCACUGGCAAUGGCUUCUUCGAUAUGGGAUCCAUUCCUGGAUCUCAACAGGGGAACCGAUUGCGGACCGUCCCGUUUGUUAACAAUCACGACACAUUCAGACCGAAACUCACGGCGGAAGGCAAUUACAACGGCUGGGAUUCAUCUCAAGAAUUGGCCGCUCACAUCGAUCCUUACGACGGACGUCUAUCAGCUGCCUACGCCAUCGCGUUCGCUGUGGAUGGAACUCCAACCGUUUUUAUCGAAGAUCUCUUUGAUUUGGGACAGUUGGGUAAUCGAUUCACUCACGAUCCUAAAUCGGCCGCCCAGUUGCCCGUUCGGUCAGACAUUGCCAACAUCAUUUGGUGUCAUCAACAUCUUCGCUUCAAAGAAGGAGCUUACAAAGUACCGUACGCAUCAGGUGAUUUGCUAGUCAUCGAACGAAGUGCUAAGGCUAUCAUCGGAAUCACCGACAGCUGGACCGUUUGGCAGACGGCCACUGUAGCAACGGAUUUCCCGGCAGGAACGGUGUUGAAAGAUCAUUCCGGAGCCACGGUCGAAACGGCUACUGUCGGUGGAGACAGGAAGGUUACCAUCAAAGUGCCACCUUGUAACGGAGAGGCGCUCGGCGGAAGGAGAUGUUACGCAAUCUGGGGUCCUCUUACGCCACCUGGCUACACACCUGCACAACGUGAAACAACCCAAGAGUGGGAAAUGGCCGACGAUUUGGGAGAUAGUCAUCCACUUUCUCUGCAACAAGGCGGCAAACUACCGGCUAAUUCCAUUGAAACUCGCACGGUCGGAAGGAUCUUCGUAGCCGCUUCCUCUCCCGUCACUUUCUAUCUUUUCUUGUCCGACUCUUUGAAUCCAGUUACUGUUGAAUUGUACAAUGAAAAUACGCUGGUCCACAGUGAAUCACCGAGCACCCAAGGAAGUUAUACUCCAAAUUUCACCGGAUGGCUGACCGUCAAGGUUAGAAAUUCGGAGGCCACAUCGCCCGGCCAGGUAGUUUGGGUGGUCAUGACAUACAAACCACCAGCUCAAGUCACCACGGACCUUUUCGACGCCAAAUUGAACGCCACCGGUGACUGGGAUCUCUAUCACCGAAUGGUUAAUCGACCACGAUCCAAACUUUGAGUUUGAAAGCACAUCGCUUUGCUGUUGAGGGAAAUUUCUUUCUUAUUUCGUCGUUUAUUGAAAUCAAUGAACGAUAUUUCACCUAUAAAAAUAUAAUAAUACAAUUAACACUAUCAAAUUGAA